ACUUUUUUACAUUAAGUGUAUGUGUGUUAACAGAAUUACCGUUGGAGGAUAAAUAUUUCUGUUUUAAGCACUAUUAUAUGAAUAGACUAAACACGUACAGAUAUGUAAUCUUUGAUUCUUUCUAUUGUAAGCUUAUUUGCUUGUUUGUAAGCAUGCAGUGGCGGGAGAGCGCCGAGAAAGUGACUAAAAGAAAGUAGUGCACGGUCACGUACAAGUUCAUUUAAAGUUACUUUAUAAUUAAUAAAUAAAAUAUUACUCGUUGGAUGCCACAAGAAAUGUUAACCUCAAAAUGAAGAAAAGAAUACGUACCGAUUCCAGUCUGAGCGAGUUCAGUGCUGGCUAUACAGAAGAAGAGGAUGACUGUCUGACAGAUGAUAAUGUUAAGAAACGGAGAAGAAAUGACGCAAGUCUUACGGAAGGAACGGCUCAUUUACCAAGCGAACAAUCGUCUUUGUGUGGCUUUUCUCCAUUUGAAGAACGUGGUUUGAACUGUCCACUCUCUGUUUAUAGAAAAGACACACAAAGGCCAACAACAGCGUUUGAUGUUUUGGAUAUGCAGAUAAAGCUACACAAUUAUAAAGAUGAUGAAAGGGACGACAGUUCUACUGGGACACUGUUAAUACCAAAACGGUAUUCAUCAGCAGAAACUUUGCAAUCACCUGGUUCAAGUGUGCCUUUGACACCUUCAAAUCAUUCGGUUGCAAAGCUUUCUCCUUACUGCUUGUCAGGUCAGCAAGGACCAAGUAGUGUUCCAUCAACAGCUGAGAUUGGUAAACAGCUAAGUUCUGCCUGUGCUCAAAGGUGGUUACAAUUCGAUGUAACAGAAAAGCCCGUAAAUUACAAUCUGAGAAAGUUUUUACAAAAGAACUACGUAAAACUGAAAGAUGAUCUUGACCCGGACGGUGUUGCAGACAGACUUUGUGAAAGUGAUAUCAUGAAUGACGCGGACAGAAGAAAGAUAACAGAUGCAAGGAGCCAUGGACAGAAAAGUGACAUUCUUUUGAAGUGCCUGGUACGAUACUCACGAAAGAUUCCGGAAGGAGAUACAUCGUUCAUUGAAAAGCUUUUAGAUGUGCUAGAAAAGGAAAAAUGCGAUUAUUUGUUUGAAAACUUCAAAACAGGCGAAUUCGCAUAUCGAGAUGAUUCUAAAGCAUUGGUAUCAGAUGUUUCCGAUCGGUGGCAAGACAAAUUGUCCUAUUUCGAGAAAGUGAGAGGUGAUGAACUAGAUCCGAAGCAUAUUAUUGACUUACUGCUGGAGAAGGAAGUCAUAGAGUUUGACGAACAUGAAAAUAUACAGGAUAUGCAGUUUAAGCCUGACAAACUGAAAUACUUGAUUAAAUAUAUAAAAAAGAAGACAGUCACAGAGUAUGAACGAUUUGUUCAGGUAAUCGAAGAAGAAUAUCCACAUCUAUGUGACGUGCUGACCAAUUCUGAGAUCAUGAUGGACUUUUCUUCAAGUACAGAACAAGAGAUGUUGCCUGCAGUGAAGGUUAGACAGCACUCUUCGAUGACUUUCACCUCGAACGGUUACUCUAAAGAAACGGAGUUCAAAUUAUCUUUGCAAGGAGACGGUCGAGAAAUUGAGCAGAUGGUGGUUGACAGAGGUUCAGAUGGAAACAAUGAAAACAUUGUGGAAGAGAUGAUGGAAUUUACUGCAUCUGAAGUCCAGGCAUAUGAAUUUUCUUCCAUUCGACUGACUUUGAGGCACCUAUCUAAUCGCUCGCAAAUGAUGCUUUUUGAAAAGUGGAAAGAAUCGCCUGAACAGCUGGCAAAGAUUGUACAACACAUGUUUACGAUCGAGCAUUACAGACAACUUAGAGCAAAGGGCAUUAAUCUAAUUGACUUCAGACUGGAAGUCCAAUGGCCAGACGGUGUUAUUUCACGAGAUGCAAUUGCAGAAAAUUACUGUUUUCUAAAAGAAAAAAUAGAGCCGAAUCAUUUCAUUGACUUGCUGAAAUCUGCCAAAGCACCAGACGAUGUAACUGAUUUUAUUGCAUCGCAAAAACCAAAAGCAGAAAGAUGCAAGGAAUUUCUAGUAUUUAUGGUGAACGAUGAAAGAUCUCCAAUACAUGACUUCUAUGCUAAGCUAAAAGAGCUUCAAAUGGUUGAUGUUAUCAAUGUCUUAUUGGAUCCGAGCAGGACAAAUUCAACACGUAUGUGUUCCUGCAAAUUAACCAAAACGGCAAUCGUGAAAAACUUUAGCGAACUAGCGAAGGAGAUGCCUGGGGUAGACAAAUUGCUCCAAAAGUUCGCACGUUUUCCGGGAUUUGAAGAGUCUGUGAGAAAAGAGUUUCAAAAGUUACUGAACAACAAGGCGCAUGCCACUAGAUGUUUGCCAAAAGACGACAAUCAACAGCUAGCUGAAAAUAAGCAUGCAACGGUCGAAGAAUUGAAAGCAGACGCCUGUCUACGAAAAAUACUUAAAAUGUCCGAGUCUGAGGUUGGUGUAGAGGUUUGUCUUCUAGAAGAAGAACUUCGUAGCACUGAUCAGGGACAAAAGCUGUUACGAAAAAUUAUGGAAGUACCUGCACCUAAAACUGGUUGCUUGCUUACAACAAAAGACAUCAGAAGGAACUGGAGCUAUUUACAAAGUGAAUUAGAACCAAGACGCUUUUUGGAUAUGCUUAGAGAUAUCGAUGGAAUAGAUGAUGUUAGAGAAAAGAUACUUUCUUCGCUGCCACGUCAAACACGAUGCAAAGAAUUUCUUUUAGUCUUAGAACAGAAUAGAAUGGCAAUGGAGAAAUUUGGUCCCGAACUGAAACGUUUGCAUUUGACAACGAUAAUCGAAGUUCUUAAAGAUUCGAGAGCUCAAGGAUCUGGAGAAUACAAAAUAAGCAAAACUGAUGUAAAAAGGAAUGCCGGAUUUCUUCAAGAAGAGAUCGAACCGAGAAAGUUUCUUAACAUGCUUAGGGGCAUUAAAGGCACAGACGAUCUCAUAGAGAAAAUACUGUCUUCGUCUCCGAGAAGAGUGAUAUGCAGUCGAUUUUACGACUUCUUGCUUCGUGCACAGGAGACGGUGUUAGAGAAAUUCCAGCUUGAACUGGAGAAGCUUCAGAUGUCACAUGUGAUAAAGUUUCUUAUAAAUUCAAGACCAGAAAGAUACCAAGAUGCUGCAUCAGUGAAGGAAGCGUUGAUCGAAUCUUACAAGCACAUAGUGGAUGAAAUAGAACCCAGAUGCCUACGAGGUAUAUUUGUCGAACGAGACGUUUACUCUGGCAAAGAAUUUGACAACAUAUGUGGUUGUACCAGCCGACGAGCACGUGCAGUGUCUUUGUUGCAAGAUAUAAUCAAAGGUCCAGUUUCAAGGGCCAACUGUUUUAUGAACGCACUCGACGCAGUAGGAUAUGUGUCGCUUGUCAGAAUCAUCCGAAAACAAAUUGAAACAUAUAAAAAGUGUCCAAGAAUAUACAAGAAGGUUAAUGGCGAUACAGAGUGUAUUGUAAUUGAAGGACAGUUUGAAAUAGACACAAUGCAAACUGAAAAAUGUUCCAUGCCAUCCCAGGAAGAAAUACAUUUACCAUCUCAGACAGUUGAUACAGAGUUUUAUGUCCAGCAAUGGAUAGACACGAUUGCCGAAAAUGAAGGAAAAGACGACGAGCAGCAAACGUUAACAUCACCGAAUGAUGGAGCAGCUUCCGACAAAUCUGAUGAAGAAACAAUGUCUUUAAGGUGUGACAAUAAAUGCUGUAUAAUUCAAAAGCCUGUGGCAACUAUUGACAUCCAUAAAACCACAUAUGUUGCUCCCGGUCUAACGUCAACAAAGAAGCUCAGUUUUCACUCAGACGGAGAGAACAAUUCGUUGUAUUGCCAGGACAGUUUGAGCUUAGACUCACACAUGUUUCGCCGCCAAGACGAGUCAGCAGACUUUUUAAGCGUGUUUUCAAAAAGCACAAAAAGUCCUUUAAGUUGCACCCGUGGCCAGUCUGCUUGUACACAAAGAGCCGAUUCCACGUCUAGUGAUGGUACCUAUAUAUAUGAGAAUGGACAAACGGCAGGAAAAGAUAACUCACCAUAACAGUUCAACGUAUACAACAGAGAAAAAAAAGAUGAUUGAUAAAAUUGUAUUUUCUCUCCCAAAGCUUUUUACCUUCAGAAAAGCUUCUUUGAACGUUUGACAGAGCGUUUUGAUAACACAUUUCUUAAAUAUUGCGUCCUGGUUCUAUAAAGUAUAGUUGUAUGUUUCAAUGUACACAAAAAAUGGCACAUGCAAUAUUUAUAAUGUAAAACGUUAUUUCAUGUCGUUUCAGUUGUUUUGACACAUUAAGGUAUUAGAUCACUAAAAGUAAUGUUUACAAAAUGGCAUUUGCUUGGUAUAUUCUGAAAGGUAACCGUGUUUUGCACUAUUUUUCAAUUUUUAAACAACUUUUACCAUGCCGUUUUUUUUAUAAAUUUUGUAUAACUUAUGGUAUCUCCUCAAGCUCAAGUAGAGACAAAUUUCAAAGUGAUAGCCACUAUCGAAAACGUUUGCAGAGAACUCAUUUUACCAGUAAUUUUAAUAAAAGAAACAUCAAACUAUUAGUAAACAAUUAUAAAACACAAAAUAAAAAUGUCAAUAACAUUUUUUUCCAUGGUGCCUCAAGUAAACGGAUUUAAUGAGACAGAAUUCAUACUUCAACAUUGAAGAAAUAAGGUCGAAUACUGUGUUUCUGUUUUGAAUUUUGCUUACUCUAUUUAAAAAUAACUUCAGGGCAGACGUAAAACCUAUCUAAAUUUCUUCCACAAUAUAUAAUCUAAAAGUGAAAGCAAAAAUAGAGAACUUUCACCGCGUGUAACUCGAUAUUUUUAAAAACGUGUAACUCUACCCCUUCUGUUUAAGUAGUCAAUUUACUUUGAACACCAAGAAAUCGCUUAUAAGAUUCAUCUUUUUCCAUUUUUGUACAAGAAAUCAAUAAUAAGUCUUGAAAGAAGUAAAAGCUUACUAGAAAAAAAGGAAAAUAAGGAAAACAAAUUUUGGUCCCAGUAGGGCUUGAACCUAAAAAUACCAGAUAUAUUUCACUACAUUCAGAUAAACCAGAAAGUUAUAACUAGAGAUCUAAUUGUGCCCCAUGAAUGUGUUUUCGUCCUUACCUCAUCACUACCUAAGUAUAAGUCAAACAUUGUAAUACAAUGUUGACUAAAUUUUGAAGGUGUAUAAAAGCAACCAGUGCUAGUGGCUACUCAUUAGCAAAGUUUAAGACAUAAAGGUACAAUAUCUUAAAAAUAUACAAAGUUACCAAAGUUCUUUUAUAUCUUUUGCAUAUUAAGCAACUAAAAUAUAGGCUGCGCCCUUUUAUUGGACUCGUUUUAUGUGAUAAUAUUACUGUGGCAAUUUUAAUCAGAAUUUAUAUAAAGAGCACCGAAUUAGAGAACUUUUAUACAUGAAUACCUAAAUUUCAGUAUAGCCUAAUGCAUUAGUUAAAAUUUGUUAUAUUUUACAAUUAUAAUUUUGUGAAUGCAUCAUAACUCAAAGACGCAUACAACAUUCAUUUCACAGUUAUGUUUAUCGCAUUGGGUGUCCAGACUACACAUAAUUGAAAUGUUUUGAUGUCAAAAAUCUCUAUGAAAGUGGAUUUUCUGCCAUGAACACGUUCACUGCUUAUGUUCUUAACUCUGCCAUUAUAUUUAAUUGUCACUUCACUGCGAGUUUUAUCUUUUAUUCUGCAAUUCUGACUCAUUGUUUGUAACUAGAAAACGGGUAACAAUUUAUACAUUUUCUGAAAACUGAUUCACAUUACUAAACGAAUAAAUCAAAAUUGAUCAUAAAGGUUACGACGGUCACAAAAGGGACCAACCCGUCUGAAUUUUACAAAGAAAAUAUAAGCAUAAAACAAAAGCUUUAUUCAAUACUGCUCAGUAUAAUCAUAGUGAAGUCAGUCAAUAUGUUGUGACUGUGACGUUAGGCAUUAACUGUACCUUCAAUUUUAGAUUAAUAGAUCAAGUGCAGAUAAUGGUAUUUUGUAGUAGAAGAAAUAAUUUUUAUUUUUAUUCUUUUUUUUUUAUAGAUUUCAGUUUCAUUUAAAUGUAACUUUAAAUGUGAUAUUAAUAUCUUGCACGGUCUCUUGUAAUUCUAAUUUUAGAAUGGCUUUGUAUUAAUUUUAAUAUAGUCAUUUUAUGAUUUUACCAUUGUAUACAAAGAUGAGACUAUAAUAAACUAUGAGUUGAGUAUAUUUGAUGGAAAUCGGCUUGUCCAAAAUGGUUUUCCAGCUUGUUACUCAUCCAAUUAUAUGAAGUGAUGUUAUGUUAUAAUUAGCCAAAAGGAACUGCAUAGAUUGAAGUAAAUUUGUUACAAGAAAUUUUUACCAGUGUUAAAAUUUUGUACCUAUAAUAUAUUUCAGUGGUUUUGUAGAAUGUUGCAAACCUUUUUAGGUGUAUUUUUGUUUUCUAUACUCAUUGUUUGAUAGAUAUGAUCAUAGUUUGUAAAUACAGCCUUGAAAUUGUAGUGUUAUUUUGAUUGGAUGUCACUUGGUAAUAAAUAUAUAUUAAUAAGUCUUUAGGGGAAUGUAAAUAUUUACCAGUCCUUUUAAACUGUAUAUUAUUUGUGUAAAGGAUUAAAUUUGUUUUACAGUUACGUAAUGAAAUUUAUAAGAAGGUCAAUGAAUUGUUUUUAUCCGUUAUAAUUAUAUUACAUUUUAAAGGUGAUAAGUCACUUUCUUACAUUAUAAAGUUGAUCGCCAAAUUGUAUUAAUUUUGUAAAUUUUACUAUAUUUUAUAAAAUAUUUACAUUUUUGACUUCCUUUCAGUUUAUCCAUGCUGCACAUUUUCUACUGUUAUGGAUCUGUCUUUUUUCGAGUAAUUUUGUAUACCUUUACAAUCUGUGUGAAUUAUCUGUUUGAUUUGUACUGAACGUUAAUGUGACAUUUACUGUGUAUGGAAACAAAGAAUGUCUUUAAAAAUGGUAGGCAAAAUUUGAAGCAUGAAAUGAUGUUGCAAUCUUAUUUUCUGCCAUGAUAUGUACACAGACACCAGUCGUUCUCCGUAAAAUCCGUAAUUAUUUCUGUCAUUUGAGAUGUAAGGCGAUAGCAAAAAAAUGCGUAGAAUGUAAAGGCAUUAAACAUGUCCGUUCGUUAAACAUGUAAUACAAAUAGGCGAAUUAUUUUCACACACUGUUUCAAGGGUUAAUCCAGGUUAAGGAUAUAACUUCACAAGGGGAUAAACGUACGGUACAUCUAUUUACCAGUCUUCUGUUAGUUCUUUCUGCCAAAAUGUUUUACAGGAAAUAUCAUUUGUUUUCAAAUGAAAUGCUAUAUGAUAGAUCAACCCUCAAGAUUUGUAUCAAGGAGGUAUUGUAAAAAGUAGUUUUUGUCAAGUUUUGAAGUUCCAACCAAAGCCCUAUACAUUUAGUGUUUGGAGAAAUUGGGACUUCCAGAUGAGUCAAAAGUCAUUUUUCUUCCAAACAAGCACUGCUAUUUUAUACAUUUUAAAAGAUUGCAAUGCAUGUCAAAAUAAAAUUUGUUUUGGCAGUCACUAAAUUACUACUCUUGAAGUCGUGAAAACAUGUGACAGUUGUCCAGUCAAAAACCUGAAUCCGAAUUUAAACAAUGUUUUAUAAACAAAAAGUACGUUUUUGCGGUAGAGAUAUUGUUUGUUUUUGUUUCUGGAGAAGAAAAUACAAAUAUAAAACAUCAUUUUUAAUAAGUUAUCUUAUCUAUCUAUUUUGCCUUCAGAUCAACCAGUCAAAACCAAAUUACAAAUAUUUUUCUGUUCAUGAAAAUUUUCAAUGCAUUCAAAUCUGAAAAGGACUGAUUUAUAAACCGCGAGAAAACAAACAACAAAGUUCAUUUUAAUAAGACUGUGCCCGAUGAAAUACUUUAAUAAAUUAUCGUGCGAUAUUUAUAUUAAAACAUUUAGCUUUGUAUAGAUGAUUCAAUAUAAACUUAUGGUGAAACAAAUAUUUCUUCUAUGUUUUUAUGGUUGGAAUAUGUAUUUGUUUUCCGUCUUUAAUAUUGUAUAACUUUUAAUUAUUAGCUUGAUUCGUAAGCUAAAUUUUCAUGUACUGUUUCUUCUUUAAUUUUUUUAACCGAAAUCUAUUAAUGUUUUGUUUUGGCUGCAUGCUAUACACUGUAUGUUUUUUCUUUGUUGAAUGCGUAUAAUUAAAGACAUCAAAUAAAUGUAAAAAUAGACCCCAAACAUUUCAAAGAUAGAAAGACUUUAGAUAAAAUCUAGAAAUUGAUGUCUAAGUCCUUCGAAUUACAAACAUGCUUGUAUAAAUGUGAAUAUCAAUAGCUAGACUGGCUCCCGUCCCGUGAUUGUUCUUUCAAAUCUCUUAGUAAGUUUAAAGGGGAAGUAACUCCUGCAGGUUGUUUCUAAAUUUACAUUUUUAUUCCCUCUGACUCCAAAUACUUUAUAAAAUGUUUACAGUACUAAAAAUGUAACCAUGCAGCCCGGGAGCCAUAACAGUUAGGAUAUGUUCUUAUGUAUUUGAUUUAUACUUAAAACUGCUUCAGAUGUUUUAGUCAGCUGAUUUAUGUUACAAAUUUCACAUAUAUGAUGAAAUUUCACUUAGUUUUCUAGAGUGAAGAUAAUACAGUUUUGUUUGUAUCAAAAUAUAACAAUAGAACACAGGUUUUGUAUUAGCGGAUAGGUAGGAUUAGUAAAGGUGCAAUAAUAUUGA